CUCUCGGUGACAGGCCAUAGUGACUGACAGCUGAUUUAGACAGGUACUAGACAAGAGCCCUUUUCAAAGCUAUUGAACAAAAUCUGCUUUCACAUAUACUUUCCAACUACCUCUUGUUCCUUGUGGUCCUCAAUCUCUUCCUAACUCAUCUUCUGACAGAAAGCCAAGAGGUUGAAAUGAAACAGACAGUACACCUGACAUCGAAUUUCCGUCAUUCUUCAUGACUGAGCAAGAGCCUGUGUCCAGUGAGGACCUAGUAGUGGUGUCAGUACCACAGCAUCAGGAGCCCCACAAUGUCCGGGAUUCCUUGCGCAGACUGUUCAGCCAUGACAGGUUUCAGAUUUUUGUGGUAUGCCUGGUGAUUCUGGAUGUUGUGUUUGUCCUGUGUGAGCUGCUCCUGGACCUGUCAAUUAUCAAAGCAGAUGACAGACAUAUUGCUCCCCAGGUGUUCCACUACCUCAGCCUGUCUCUGCUGACCUUCUUCAUGGUGGAACUGGCAGCCAAACUUUUUGCCUACCGGCUAGAGUUUUUCAAACACAAAUUUGAAGUGUUUGAUGGGGUGGUGGUCAUCGUGUCCUUUGUGCUGGACAUCGUGUAUGCCUCCCAUGAAGAUGCCUUCAAUGCAACAGGUCUCCUCAUCCUACUCAGGCUGUGGAGGGUGGCCAGGAUCAUCAACGGGUUACUGGUUUCUGUGAAGAAUCGCGCUGACCAUAAAGUCCACAAGCUGAAGGAGACUAACAAACGCCUCAUCAUUCAGAUCAAUGAGCAGCAGGAACACCGCUCUAGAGUAGAACAAGAAAACAUCAGACUGCAAACCCUUCUACAACAGCAUGACAUCAACUUCUGAUUAUCGUGGGAUAGGGUAAUGGGGGAUUUUCAUCAUCUCACCAUCUCUGUCUCAGCACCAUAAUAUUCAAAUUUUAAACACAUUACCAUAAUUAUCACCAAGCCUGCUUUCCAACAUAAAUUGUGUCCUAUAAUAAACCAUGGAAUAAAGACUCAAAACAAAAAGUGGUUCUCAUGGUCUUCAGUUCCAGUAAUAGAUUUAUAUAUAUUUUAGCAUUCAAAUCAAUAGAGAUCCCACCUUUGCUUCCAACUAAGCCUCUUGUUUUUGGUGUCAUGAUCAAAUCCCACCCAUACCAGUGCCAGCUGUGGACAGUGUAACCCAGGGAGGAAGGCAUUCAGUAUACAGUGUUGUCCACUCUAUCACUCAAAAACAACACCUCUGUUUAAUUGUGUGUCUGCAAUUUCCAUACACUAGCUAA